AUGAUCUUUUUCCGCUCCUUGCCGCUCCUUCUGGCUGCUUUUGUUGCGAACGCUUGUGCAGCGAACCCCCUGGCGACCAAAGAUCAACGUGAUAUUGACGAGCUAUCAAUCGCGCUCUACAAGACCCACCAGUUUGACUCCCUGAAGCAGGAUGCCAGGAACCAGUACAUCAAGACCCUGAAGAAGUACCAUGUCCCGAUCACCAAACAGGUCAACACGGAUAUCGACCUAGCCAUGGACGAGCUGCUCUUCAACACGAUCCAAAAGUCGGCGAACGGCGACCCUGGCAACCCGAAGCUGACGUGGACCGAUACGGCGGCUCGUACGCACGAUUGGUUCGGCCUCAACGUGCCGGGCAGCCGUUACUCGUACGACAACCCGGACUGUUUCUACCGCGUGGUGCCGAUCAGCGACAAGUACAGCUACAAGCUGCAUGGCCGCCGCUACAACAACGGUACCGCCGACUCGUCGUUCUCGCUGAUUAGCAACCCGAACUCCCAGGGCACGGUCCACGCGAUCUACGGCAAGGAUAUCCAGGUGAACGACGACGGCACCUAUACCAUCACCAUCGACUCGUCCGACUCCAAGAACCCGAACCAUCUGAAGAGCGACUGGCGCGUGGUUCAGCUCUUUAUUCGCCACAACGUGGGCGACUGGAGCAAAGAGACCCCGGACGAGCUCACGAUCGAAGUGACCAAGAAGCCGAACCCGAAGGACGUCAAGCCUUUCACCAACGCCUCCAUCAUUGCUGCCACCAAGAACAACCUGAAGCAGUCCACCUUCUUUUACGGAUUCGGCGCCUUGGACUUUAAGACCUUUAGCCUGAAGACGAACGAGGUCAAGACGCCCCAGCAGUCGCAGUGGCUGGGUACGCUUACCUCGCAGGCCCAGUCCUUUGGCCACUACAACCUCUCGGACGACGAGGCGCUGGUCGUCACCCUGACCAAGGGCAAGGCGGACUACUUUGUGGUCCCGGCGUGCACGGUGGGCUUGAUCACCACGCACCCGGGCAAGCAGCAGGUCAGCCUGAACAACUACCAGUCGGUCCAGAACAAGAACGGCACGUACACCUACGUCUACUCGAAGGAGGACCCGGGCGUGCACAAUUGGAUCGACACCUCGGGCCGCCCGCAGGGUGUGACCAUGGUCCGCUGGCAGGGUCUUGCGACCAGCGGCAACAGCGACAAUGGAAUUCGCGUGCAGUCUCAGGUGGUCAAGCUCAACCAGCUCUCGCACGUCCUUCCUAGUGACACGAAGCGCGUCUCGUCGAGCGAGCGCAAGCGUCAGCUCCAAAAGCGGUUGUCGGACUACAACCGCCUGCAUUACCAGUAA